CGAGAUUAUCUCUCGUCUCAAUCUUCCUCUCCCUCUCCUCCAACGGCGAUCAUCUCUCUGUUUGUUUCCUGCUCCAAAUUUGAUUCCCAGCUCCAAUCCGUUUUUUUCCCCCGUCGAUUCCCACUCACUUUCUCCGGAUUGAACAUUGAACAAUCAAAAGCAGCCGCCAUUCGUGUAAUUACAACUAGCCAGCCCAGAAAUUCAAGCCAAUGGGGUUGGAGAAUCAAGCAAGUUCAUCGUCCUACUCUUUACCACCGUACCCACGAGAAGACACUCCUCUUCUGACCAAAUCGCCUCCUCUUUCCUCCAACUUCAAGACCUUCGCCAACAUCUUCAUCGCCAUUGUAGGUGCUGGUGUCCUUGGUCUUCCCUAUUGCUUCAAGCGAACGGGAUGGGUCCUGGGCUUACUCAUGCUUUUCACCGUCGCUUUUCUCACCUAUCACUGCAUGAUGCUUCUGGUCUACACUCGCCGUAGGCUCGAAUCGAUCACGGGUUUCUCCAAAAUCAACUCAUUCGGCGAUCUCGGCUUCGCCAUCUGUGGUCCCAUCGGCAGAUUCUCCGUCGACGCCAUGAUCGUCCUUUCUCAAGCUGGGUUCUGCGUGAGCUACCUAAUCUUCAUUUCCAAUACUAUGGCACAUUUAGUGAGCCAUAACACACCAACAUCCCCGAUUUUGGGUUUAUCCCCGAAAGUCCUAUUCCUCUGGGGUUGCUUUCCGUUUCAAUUGGGGUUGAAUUCCAUUCGAACUUUGACCCACCUGGCUCCUCUUAGCAUAUUCGCUGAUGUGGUCGAUAUAGCAGCGAAGAGUAUAGUUAUGGUGGAGGAUGUGUUUGUGUUUAUGAAGAACAGGCACGCUUUAGAAGCAUUUGGUAGCAUUUCGGUAUUCUUCUAUGGUGUUGGUGUGGCAGUGUAUGCUUUCGAAGGAAUUGGAAUGAUUUUGCCUUUGGAAUCAGAAGCCAAGGACAAACAGAAUUUUGGAAGGAUCCUAGGUUUGGGUAUGACAGUGAUUUCUCUUCUGUUUGGAGCAUUUGGCGCUCUUGGUUACUUUGCUUUUGGGAAUGAAACCAAAGAUAUCAUCACUACCAAUCUGGGACCAGGACUCGUGAGCACUCUGGUUCAAUUGGGACUCUCUAUCAACCUGUUCUUCACUUUUCCAUUGAUGAUGAACCCUGUUUAUGAAGUUGUGGAAAGAAGGCUGUGUGAUUCUAGGUACUGCUUGUGGCUGAGGUGGUUGAUGGUAUUAGGGGUAAGCUUGGUGGCUCUUUUGGUGCCAAAUUUUGCGGAUUUUCUGUCACUAGUAGGAAGCAGUGUGUGUGUUGUGCUAAGCUUUAUAUUGCCUGCCAUGUUCUAUUAUCUGGCAUUCAAAAAUGAGUUGGGUUGGAGAUCUAAGAUCUGUAAUGGUGCAAUUGUUGUUUUCGGAUGCAUUGUGGCAAUCUCAGGAACUUGGUCUUCUUUGAUGGAGAUUUUUGCACCUAAGGCUUAAUUGGGUAUAAACAUUUCACUUUGCUGUUUGAUAUAUUUAUAACUAUUCAGCCACAAAAGGCCGUGAAAGUUGGGUUGGGAUUCACAGGAGUUUAAGUCUUGUUCAUCCAAUCCAAUGCGGGGGAGGAUUCAUUUCAGUCUGUUGGGAUUCGAUACGAGGAUUUUAGUCUUGUCUUGUCUAAAAUCUCAUCCCUUAAAUGCAAUCUUCGGGAGGAUUUCAGUGUUGCUUUUUAGUUUUUAGAGUCCAAAAAGGUUUCAGUCUGGUCUCGUAUGAAAUCUCAGCCCUUAAUACGAUCGAAGGGACUUGAGAUUCCAUACAAUUCAAAGGGAUCACAUGAACUGGAUAGUAGUUGUAAACUAGUAAGUGCUGAAUGAUGAAAUAAAAGGUUGCUGAUUUGCCAGGCAACUAGCGUGUUUUUAAUUUUUGAUUCUCUCAUUAGAUCAUGUAAAUUCGAAGAAAUAAAUGUAAGAAAUAGCAUGCCACCCAAGAGGGGUGUUAAAGUUGUAGAAUAUUUAAAAUGUUUUUAUAAUAAAUAGAGUUUCUUUGUU